UACCUGGUGGUUGUUGUUUAACAUAGAAGAAUGGCGACUUCCAAAGGAGCGAAUACUUAUAACCGGCAGAAUUGGGAAGACGCGGAAUUUCCAAUUUUAUGCCAAACAUGUCUUGGGGACAACCCUUAUAUUCGAAUGACCAAAGAUCGAUUUGGAAAAGAAUGCAAGAUCUGUUCACGUCCAUUUACAGUAUUUCGUUGGUGUCCAGGUGCUCGUAUGCGUUUCAAGAAAACAGAAGUUUGCCAGACAUGUAGUAAGCUGAAAAACAUUUGUCAAACAUGCUUGUUAGAUCUGGAAUAUGGGCUGCCUGUUCAAGUCAGGGAUCAUGCACUAAAUCUGAAAGAUGAAGUGCCAAAGUCAGAUGUGAACAAAGAGUAUUAUUCACAGAAUAUGGAAAGAGAGGUACAAAACUUAGAUGCUACUCAACCAUAUGGAACUUUAUCUAAAGCUCAAGCACCAAGUGAUUUACUCAUGAAAUUGGCCCGCACUACACCAUACUAUAAGCGAAAUCGACCUCAUAUAUGUAGUUUCUGGGUGAAAGGAGAAUGUAAGCGUGGAGAAGAAUGUCCUUACAGACAUGAAAAACCUACAGAUCCAGAUGAUCCACUAGCUGACCAAAAUAUUAAGGAUCGUUACUAUGGUAUCAAUGAUCCUGUGGCUGAUAAGUUGUUGAGAAGGGCAGACACGAUGCCGAAGUUGGAGCCUCCAGAAGAUAUGUUCAUAACAACACUUUAUGUUGGGAAUCUUGGAGAAAAAAUGACUGAGAAAGAUUUAAGAGAUUAUUUUUAUCAGUUUGGUGAGAUUCGAUCUGUUACCAUGGUGUCACGUCAACAGUGUGCUUUUAUACAGUUUACGUCACGAUCUGCUGCUGAGUUGGCUGCCGAACAGUCUUUUAAUAAGCUGAUCUUGUGUGGCCGUAGACUUGUAAUCAAAUGGGGAAGAAGUCAGGCUAAAGCAGCAGCUUCAGCAACCAAGGAAGGAGUGGAAAAGAAAUUAGAACCUGUUCCAGGACUACCAGGGGCUUUACCACCCCCACCAGAGGAGUUGACAAACAACUAUUUCAACCUAACAGAUACAACAAACAUACUUCUACCACCUCCUCCACCACUUCCACCUCCACCAAAUGUAAGCAGGCCACCUUUACCUUCAGCAGGACCAAGGUAUCCACCUCCUCCACCACCAUUUCUGCGACCACCAGGAAUUCCUCCACCUGGGCCACCACCUGCACUUCGACCUAUUGGAAUGUUUCCUCCUCCACCUCGUAUACCACCUCCUUCUGCUCCUCCAAGACCUCCACCAGGUACAUCAGUACAAAGCCAAGCUAUCAAGGCUCCACCAACGCAUCCAGCAAUACACUAUCCAUCACAGGAUCCUCAAAGAAUGGGUUCUGCUGGACCAGCAGAUGAUUAGCAUUUAUUUGAUCAUGCCAUACGAGUCUAUAGUUAAACUCUUGUACAUUCUUAUGAAUGAUUCUGCAAGUUGUUUGUUAUUUUCUUAAUCAAGAAAAAUACAGAUGUUACACCUUAUAAUUAAAAUAAAAAAAGGAAACUGAAAGUUUUCACCAAAAAA